AUGGAAUGCAGUGGCUAGCUUAUUUGAUAUAUUUGGCUUUAGCACCACUUGUUUGGAUCCUCUGCAUAGCUUCAACUUGCAUAUGCAUUGCUCUAUUUGGAAAUCCUUUCUUGAGACCAAACUACGCCCUCAUCCAUGACGUUUCCGUAUGGUCAAUUGAUUUUGUUAAGUGGUGGGCACUUUACAAGGUCCAACAAAUAGCCUCGAAAGUUCUUGCAGAGCAUUUGAGAGGAACAGUGUUCUUAAAUUACUGGUUUCAGAUGCUUGGAGCAAAAUUUGGGUCAUCAGUUUUGCUAGAUACUGUUGAUAUUACAGACCCAUCUUUAGUUUCUAUUGGAGAUGGAGCCGUGCUUGCAGAAGGGGCAUUAAUUCAAAGCCAUGAGGUGAAGAAUGGAAUAUUAAGCUUCCAGUCCAUUAGAAUUGGACGGAAUUCAUCAGUUGGGCCAUAUGCAGUGAUCCAAAAGGGAAGCGUUUUGGGAGAAGAAGCUGAAGUACUGCCCCUGCAAAAGAGUGAAGGAGGCACACCCAUAAUCAGAUCGGCUAAGGCUAACAACGUCCAACAAAGUACAAUCGUGUCAAAUGCUAUGCCAAAUAAGACCAUGUUCCACUUCAUGGGCAUCUACCUGGUCGGUCUCGUUAGCAGUUUCUCAGCCGCUAUUCUGUACUUCCUGUAUAUCUGGCUCUCUAAACGUCCUCCUUCUCUUCAACACUUCGCGUUUCUUUGCAUAUCGGGAGCCUUGCAUUGGAUUCCUUUUACGGUUACUGCAUAUGUUACCAUGUUUGAUUGCGUCACUUUGAAUCCAGCAAGCUUUGCCAUCUCGGUUGCCGUUGCUUACUUAGUUCAUGGCCUGAUACUCAGUUUCCUUACAUGCGCUUUGACCCAUCUGCUUACUGAGAAACAGCAGUCAAAGCAAUCUCAUGUCAAGAUAUUCCUUAGACACCGAAUUACCAUUGCCUGCCACCUUAGAUUUGCCAAGCUUCUCUCUGGAACUGAAACUUUUUGUAUGUACUUACGGCUUUUGGGUGCAAAGGUUGGGAAACAUUGUUCAAUCAGAGCUAUCAACCCAGUUUCAGAUCCAGAACUGGUAAAAAUCGGUGCUGGUGUUCAUCUUGGUGACUUUAGCAGAAUCAUUACAGGAUUCUAUUCCCGUAGUGGUUUCAUUCGCAAGAAAGUUGAGGUGCAAGAAAAUUCAGUUGUUGGGAGUCAAACCCUAGUACUCCCUGGCUCCUCGGUUGAAAAGGAUGUAAUCCUUGGUGCACUUUCAGUGGCUCCAGAAAACUCAGUUCUCCAAAGAGGUGGUGUUUAUGUUGGAUCUCAAACUCCAAUCAUUGUCAAGAACACCAAGCAUGCUUUAGAUGAUCGGAUAGAAGAAAUGGACGUGAAAUAUAAGAAAAUAGUAGGAAAUCUUGCCGCAAGUUUAGCUGCUACAACUUUGAAGGUUAAAUCAAGAUAUUUUCAUCGAAUUGGUGUUGGAGGGAAUGGCUACUUGAAAAUAAAUGACAAGAUUGAAGGCUUUCCAGAUCACAAGAUUUUCCACCCUGGAAAGUCCUAUCGUGUCGUGGUUAGACAUAGCAAUAGCUUGAGUGCUGAUGAUGAUGCAAGGAUAGAUGCCCGUGGUGCUGCCGUGAGAAUACUUUCAGGUGAGGUUGGUGAUAACCCCCCACUCCUUGACUUAACACUUAAAACUGGCAAGGCAUUCUAUGCUCGCACUAUAGCCGAUUUUGCAACAUGGCUUGUGUGUGGGCUUGCUGCAAGAGAAGAGCACGUGAAGCGAGUCCCACAUGUCCGCGAUGCAGUGUGGAUGUCCCUUCGCCAAGCUAACUCAUAUGCAGAGCUGCAUUACUACUCAAAUUUUGUUAGGCUGCUUCGGUUCCCAGAUGGAGAGGAAAGGUAUGUGAAAUUCAAGUUGAGACCUUUUGAUGAAAGUAUCAGUGAGGAUUCUGGGAAGGUGGAACCUACUGGGAUUCUCCCACCAGAAACAGGUGCAAUUCCAAGGGAUGAAAAAGACACCCGCCCCUUACUUUUCCUUGCUGAAGAUUUCCACCGCCGCGUAAAUUCUGAUGGUGUUCGCUACAUCUUCCAGCUACAAGUCCGGCCAGUUCCACAGGAUGAAGCCACACGUGAAAUUGCGCUUGACUGCACCAAACCAUGGGAUGAGACUGAGUUCCCAUAUAUCAAUGUGGGUGAGAUUAAUAUUGAACAAAAUCUCACUGCGGAAGAAGCAGAAGCACUAGAGUUUAAUCCUUUUCUCAAAUGCCAUGAGGUUGAUGUCAUUCGGGCUUCGGCAUCCUCUCAAAGUGCUUCUAUUGAUCAUGGUCGUUCUCUGAUCUAUGAGAUUUGCCAGCGCUUGCGAAACAAGGAACCACUUCCUGAGGCCUGGAAGGUCUUUCUUGAGCAAUCUGAUGUAAAAGUAGAUCUUUCAGGCUGUCCAAUAGCAGCAGUAUUGGAGAAAAAGGACACAGGGAAAGUGACCUUAGAAAGAAAGUGGUAUCAAACGUCGUGGGCGAUUUUUGUCCAACCAUUAUUACAAACUGUGAUUCCUUAUUUCCUUCUUGGGUUAGCUAUCUUUGCACCUUUAAGUUAUGUUCUUCACACGAAGGGGUCACAGAAAUUCCCACUUCAUUGGUUGCUUCCUUUGCUUUGGGUUUCUUCAGGACUUGUUGCUGCAUUAACUUGUGUUGUGGCCAAAUGGGUUCUUGUGGGAAAGAAGAAUGAAGGUGAAACAGUACAGAUUUGGAGUAAAGGAGUCUUCAUGGACACCGUCUGGCAAGCUUUUAGAACACUGGUCGGGGACUAUUUCAUGGACAUGACUAGUGGAUCUAUUUUAUUUGUGCUAUGGAUGAAGCUAAUGGGCUCAGAAAUUGAACUAGACCAAGGGAUUUAUGUGGAUAGCAUGGGAGCUUUACUGAAUCCUGAAAUGGUGGAGAUUGAGAGAGGAGGAUGUGUAGGAAGAGAAGCUUUGCUGUUUGGACACGUAUAUGAAGGUGAAGGUGGCAAAGUUAAGUUUGGGAAAAUCAGAAUUGGUGAAGGCGGGUUUAUAGGAAGUAGAGCAGUGGUCAUGCCUGGGGUGAGAGUGGAGAGUGGAGGGAGUCUCAGUGCUCUCUCCCUUGCCAUGAAAGAGGAGAUUGUUAAGUCAAGGUAAGGAUUUCUUCAUCAUUGGCCACUUGUCACUUUUUUUGUGGCAAAAGUGACACGCCCUCUCAGCUUAUAAUGUAAUGCAAAUUUGCUGGUCUUUUUCAAUAAAUCAAGAUAAUUUACUGGUGAAACACACAACCUCUCUGUCUCUGGAGCUCCCGUAGAAUCCAGAAAAUAAAACAGCUCCGUCCAUUAAAAGCCUAAUACCAAUGGUUUAUACACAGUUUCUAUGUACCAUUAACUUUUGAUAUCAAAUAAAUCUUUUCAUUCCCACUGGUAGUUGGCAUGUUGUGAUUUCUAUAUCC